UAUUCCUUUCAGUUAAUUUAUUAUUAGUGAUGAAACUGAAAAUAUCAACUUUAAAGGAACCAAAACAUGUGGGUCCUGUAGUUUGUGUUAGUUGGAAUAACACAGAAGAUGUAUUUUCUUCUGGCGACGACCAUAAACUUUUGAAAUGGAACCUAGUGAACAGCGAAUGUAUGACUGUGACAACAUUUCCAGAAGAAUUUUAUCCAACGGGAAUGCAUUUGUUCCCAAAAAUCAACGUCGGAGGAAACAAACACCAACACGAUGUCAUAUUAAUAUCGUCAGCUGAUGGCAAGUUCCACAUAGUCAAUCACAACGGGCGUGUAGAGAAAAGUGUCAACGGACAUCAAGGCGCCUGCCUUACAGCACAGUGGAGCCCUGAUGGCGCUGGCCUUCUUACAGCUGGAGAAGAUGGCUUCGUCAAGGUGUGGUCUCGUAACGGCCUCCUCCGUUCUACGUUAGUCCAGUCCGACGUGCCUUGCUAUUGUGCGGUCUGGAGCCCUGACAGCAGCGCUAUCUUGUAUACGAAAGGGAACUUCUUAAUCAUAAAGCAUCUCAACUCUAGUUCUAAGAUGACUAAGUGGAAAGCUCAUGAAGGCCUUAUUUUAUGUACGGCUUGGAAUGCCAACAAUAAUAUGAUAAUAUCUGGAUCUGAAGAUGGGUUUUCAAAGAUUUGGGAUACGUUUGGUCAACAAAUAUCGGUGAGCGUGAAACAUGACCAGCCCAUCACCAGUGUAUCGUGGUCUCCUGCUGGUGAUCUCUUCGUAAUCGGCAGCUUUAACUUAAUACGCCUGUGUAAUGCUAAUGGUUGGUCCCAUUGCCUCGAUCGGCCAAACACAGGAAGUAUCUACAGUGUGGCCUGGUCAUCUGAUGGCACUCAACUUGCUGGUGCGUGUGCUAAUGGGCAUGUCCUAUUCGCUCAUAUUAUAGACAGAGAAUACACUUGGAAAAACUUCGCCUGCACGCAGACAGGUCGUAAAGUUGUUGCCAUACGCGACAUUAUUACGGACCAAAGCGACAAUCUGGACUAUCCUGAUCGCGUUAUACAAAUCGCACUUGGGUUCAACCACCUCGUAAUAGCCACGGUCAAGCAGUGCUUCAUACAUAAGCUGACUUCCUGGAAUACACCAGUUACGUUUGAUUUAAAGGAAGGCACAAUUAGUAUGAUAUUACUGGCGGAAAGAUGCAUCUGUGUAGUAGAGAGAGCUGGCCUAUCAGUGUACAGCUACAUGGGGAGACUGCUUGCAAGUCCACGAUGGGGAGCUCGCCCUGAGACUCUCGGUCGAGCAGCCCUAUCCCUAGGACCUGAUACGCUGGCUGCCAUAGAUCAGGCUGACAGGAAGCUGAUACACGUAUUCGACCUUCCAACGGGGCUCAUCGUUCGCAGCUCAACAGACAACACGGUGACGAAACUGACCCACAAGAUGACCGUCUCUCAUAUAGCACUGAGCCAAACGGGGCCCAUAGCUGAACGACAACUGGCACUAUUGGAUUACAACCGGGAUUUGUAUGUUGUCACUGUAAAGGAUAACAAACCUAAGUUUAUCAAGUUAGGAUCACAAAUCCUCAGUAUAGUGUGGAGUGCGGAAACCGAGCUGCUGGUGGGAUUACGAGCCAACUCAGCUGUAGCGUGGUGUUGUCCAAGAGCCGCCACACAGCCAGAUUGGCUUGCGUUAACCACAGUCAGCAAGGAGAUCAGCGACCUCGGGCGUAAUCCCACAAUAAUGAGCGUGGAAAACGGCGUGGUCCGCAUAUGUCGCGGUAACGGCUCGCUUCUACAUGUCUCACUCGCAUCUUUCCCCGAAAAGUUGCUGAAGCACGUAUCCGCUAACAUGUGGCAGGCCGCAUUACAGUUAUGCCGCACAGUAGAAGAUGAAACGCUCUGGGCCUGCCUCGCCGUCCUAGCGUGGCAGCAUCACCAGCUAGCAGUCGCUGAAGAAGCAUUUGCUCUCAUACACCAGUACCACCAAGUGUGUUACAUACAGCAUCUUAGGAACUCUGUUCCAGAGAGAUUACGUCAAGAUAGCCUAAAAGCAAAUUAAAAAUUUGUUCCAACUGACUAUGAAACCGCGAUCCGCUACUACGCUACGGAACCAUUACAUUAUCA